AGUCGUUCCAUAAACUCGAAUGCAACAUUACUGUGCACUCUUCAACCCGGGAAAUCUAAAGGCUCUGCAGACAAAAUGCAACGUUCCGUGUGUUGAACUUAAUGAAGAGUUUCUGCCAGUAGCAAGUCUUUAAAUUAGUACUUUAUUUCAUCAGUAAACACAGGCCUGCAACAAGAUAUCGGUUGAAUUGCUGUUGCUCGGCCAUGGGGGAACAUGGCGGCUGCAGUGACUCCAGCAGCGAUCUGGAGGAGAAGUUCCCUGUGUUUGACUUCCUGCAGCCGGGUCGACACCCCUGCCCCGCUUCCCAGAGCAGCACAGAGAACACACACUCAGGCAAUGUGGGAACAUGUUCAGGAGUGGCUGAUGUAAUGAUGAUCAGCAGCGACUCUGAUGGCGAUACACCUUACGUCCCUUUGGCACAGAGACUCAAACAGAGACAGGGAAAUGUUAUGAGUGCCUCCUCCUCUGUCACUCAUGGGAAAGAUGCUGAAAACUAUUCACCAUCCAAACUGGCCGAUCUACAGCUCUCUCGACAGAAGGGCCUGUCAGAGUGGCCGCUCAGCUUCCAUCAGGUGAGAACAGUGAACCCAGGUGAGGCGGCAGUUUUCCCUAAGCAAGGGCUGCCACCCACCGACGCCAAGAGGAAAGCUACCAAGCAGACGAUGGAGAUCCAGAACUCCAGCGAAGAGGUUCUGAGGAAAAAGUGGAACAGGAAGGGCAAUCAGAGGGCCAAGGACGGGCUCCGGCAGGAACUGGAGAGGCAGAGAUCCGAGAGGAAAGCUCUGGCUGAGGCUGCCAAGGCUCUGAGGCCGGAGGAGUGCAUCAAGCACAUGGUGGUGGCUGUGGACCCAGCUCUCUUACAGCUGGAAGGAGGCGGGACUCUGCUGGUGGCACUGCAGGCUCUGGGCUGUAACUGCGCCAUCGAGAAACAAGGCAUCCCACGCAGUGUGAGCUGGAUAAGGAGGGCCCCGUGUGCACAGCCAGAAGAUGAGGAGUGUGUACCAGAGGCACAUGUUGUGAUGCAGAUGACCGUUGAUGACUUCAUCUAUCUUACCCACAGCUACAUUCAGGAAGAGCGGCACGGCGCAGGCUCCGGUCCCACUCUGACCUCCUGGGUGCUGCAGCAGCAGAGAUGUCACCCUACUAAGACUCUCAGCCUGGUGGUCAUCGAACUGGAGAACUACUUCAGAUUGCAGAAACAAACAAAGAAACAGGGAGUGAAAAAGAGGAGGAAGAACGGAGGUGCCCAGGACCUCCCUGAGGUGUCCCGGGUCGACCUGGAGGAGGCAUUGGUGCAUCUCCAGCUUCACACUGGUGUCUCCGUCCGCUUCCUGUCAACCUGGAAGGACUUCUCAGAUCACAUCACCAUGACAACCAAAGCUGUUGCAGAAUCCCCGUUCAAGCGAGAGAGGGAGCAGACAGGCUUCUCCUUCUACCUUGAGAGUGAGUGGGCUGGAGGGCAGCGGGUAGAUAAGGCUGGGAAGGGGCUGCUGCAGGUUUGGAGGAGACAGAUCCAGCAGCUGAACAGAGUCAGUCCGGACAUGGCCUCUGCCCUCCUGGCAGCGUAUCCCUCCCCACAGCUACUCCACAAGGCCUACAGUCAGUGUCAGAGUGAACGUGAGAGGGUUUCUUUUCUCUCUGAGCUGCUGAUACGCAGAGGAGAAGGAGUCACCUCCACGACCCGCCGCGUCGGUCCCGAGCUGUCCAAACGCCUCUUCCUGCUUAUGACCUCCUGGGACCCCCAGCACACCCUGGACUCCACCGCCUGACCUUUGCCUUGCAUUUUUAUCAGCAUCGGACUUAUCACCCUCACUGUUCACAACAUGGAGUUUCACACAAUGUAGUUAGAAUUCGGUUUUAAUUAAAUUUCUGUGUUAUUUUUCCGUCAUGUUUUUGUUAUUAAAACCUUUCAUUUCUCUUCU